GGAGUACCCGGAGAAAACCCACGCAUGCACAGGGAGAACAUGCAAACUCCAUGCAGAAAGAUCCCAGGCCCACCCCGGGAUUCGAACCAGAGAUCGUCUUACUGCAAGGCGAAAGUGCUAACGACUCCACCACUGAGCAGCCCCCUGACAAGAAUGUAAACAGGAAUUCAAGCACGAAUUCAAGCCAACAUAACCGCCUUGUAGAUUUACCGACCAAUCAGAGGCCGUUGCCUGGCAGAACAGAUUCCGUUGACCAAUCACCUCCAGUCUCAAUGUGUGCUGCUCUGAUAAGCGGAGAGGCGGAGGCUUGGAAAGCAUACUCUGAUUCUCUCUUGAUGACACACUGGCUCACCAUUCUAACUUUUUAUUUUAACCCCCAUUCUCAGGACCGUCUUAUUGCUUCUAUUCUGCAGAGGCGAGGUAUAUCCAGUGCAACAAGUAGGGUAGGUUUUGAGACUGGUCUGAAAAGAGAAAACCUGGAUAAAAAGUUAGAGUAGAACUGCAGAGCAAAGAUGGAGCGGUCACCUCGUCCAGCAGUUUUUGACUUCCAUGGAGUCUGCAUGACUGAAAUGGUUACCAACAACUGGGACAACCUACAGAACUUUGAAGCGAGACCAGAUGAUAUUCUUAUAGCUGCUUAUCCAAAAGCAGGCUGCACAUGGGUCUCUUAUAUCCUUGAUCUCCUGUAUUUUGGACACAUGGGUCCAGACCGUCAGACAUCUAUCCCUAUUUACAAGAGAGUGCCCUUCCUGGAGAUGGCCAACCCCAAUUUGCCCACAGGCACAGAGAUGACAAACCAGCUCACUACAACUCCUCGUAUCAUUAAAACCCACCUGCCAGUCCAGUUUGUCCCAAAGUCUUUCUGGGAGCAGCGCUGCAAGAUUGUGUAUGUGGAGCGUAAUUCAAAGGACUCUGCAGUGUCCUAUUUCCACUUUAACCACAUGAACAAGAGUCAGCCAGACCCGGGAGACUGGAGCAGCUUCCUAGAGAAAUAUAUAGAGGGACAAGUGAUGUAUGGAUCUUGGUUUGAUCAUGUGACCAACUGGUGGGAGAAGUGGCAGCCUUAUUCACACAUUCACUACAUGUCCUAUGAAGAUCUGAGUCUGGACUUAGGACAAGCACUGGACCGACUGUGCUCCUUCCUUGGUUUGUCUCCUUCAGCUGAGGAAAAGGAAAAAUUAGCAGCUGCAGUCAAGUUUGACAAGAUGAAGGAAAACAACAUGGUCAACUACUCCACCGUUCCAAUCAUGGACCAGAAGAUCUCUCCUUUCAUGAGAAAAGGAAAAGUUGGGGACUGGAAGAACCAUUUCACCGUGUACCAGAACGAAAUGUUUGAUCAAGGCCACAAGCAGAAAAUGAAGAAUUCUACACUGAAGUGUAUUGCUAGGAUAAACCAUUUUAAUAUGACGAAGAAACUACCAUUGUCCUCCCCUCAGGACCUGUAAUCCUCCAGGAUGAGGAAAAUGGCAGGAAAAAUCCUCUCAGACCCCUCCCACCCAGGUCACCACCUCUUUGACCUGCUGCCCUCUCAGCGACGCUUCUGGACUCUCAGCAUCAGAAUAUCCCGGCACCAGAGUAGCGUCUUCCUUCAGCCCAUAUUCCUCAUGAACAAUAAACCAAAAAAAUCAUUAAGGACUUCUGUCACUACCAGUGCAUUAUUCAAUACAUAUACAGUAUUCAACCUAACAUGCAAUACUUCAAUUUAAAUGAUAUUCUAAUUAGUUACCUUGCUUUUACACAGUACUUGUUCUAUUUGGAGCAUUUCUUAAUAAUAAUAACUUUAUUUAUAAAGCGCUUUCCAUCAAAGUGCUGUACACAGAAAUAAAAACAGAUAAAAAUAAAAACAAAAAAAACAGAACAGAACACUAAAAAAGACAUCAGUAAAACAAACAAUUUAGGAUUCAUAUGUAAGAGAAAACAAGUGGGUCUUCAGCUUCGUUUUAAAUACAUUAAUGGAUGAUGUCUGCCUGAUUUCAGCAGGCAGACUGUUUCACGAUGUAGGUGCCCGGAAAGAAAAAGCCCGUUCCCCCACCGUCUUUUUACAGACCUUCGGGAUAUUCAGAAAUCCAACCCCCUGCGAACGGAGAGCCCGAGCAGGGACAUACAGAUUCAGCAGGCUGGAUAAAUAAGACGGGGCAAUUCCAUUAACAAUUUUAUAGGUUAGUAGCAGCACCUUAAAGUCUUCUCUAACAUGAACUGGUAGCCAAUGCAGAGAGACCAGCACUGGAGUAAUGUGCUCGUAUUUACUUGUUCUGGUCAGAACACGAGCUGCUGCGUUCUGAACCAUCUGCAGACCAUGAAGGCUCUUCAUUGGCAGACCUGAUAAAAGGACAUUGCAGUCGUCCAGCCGUGAGGAAACGAAAGCAUGAAUUAGUCACCUCAGCAUCCUGAAAUGACAGACUUGGUCUGAUUUCAGAGAUAUUUCUGAGGUGGAAAAAGGCCAAUCUGGUCACCUCUUUAAUAUGGAAUUUAAAUGAGAGGGUUUUAUCAAAGAGUACACCAAGAUUCUUAACUCUGUCUUUUUUUUUCUUCUACUUUUUAUUUAUAAUUUUCAGAAUAUAAACACAACAAAACAUAGUAACACAGUUAGAACAGGGGGGGACACACAUGCUCUUUAUGCUUAAAAAUCCAAAUUAUUACGUGUCAUGUGGUGUAUAAUCCGUCUCCUUUUUUGGAAGUCAGUCCAUUUUUCCCAUUGUUGAUGAUAAGACUUUGCUUUGUUUCUUAAGUAAUGAGUCAGUUUUUCCAUAGAAAGAAUCUCCUCUACUAAUUCCAACCAGUUUGUUAGUGUAGGGGGGUCGCUUUUCAGCCAAUUCCUGGUGAUGGUCUUCUUGCUUGCCAAUAUCAGGAUUUUAAACAAGUAGACGUCCUUCGUGUGACUAAUACCUUGCGGGAUCAAGCCUAAAUACACUAUCCGUGGGUCUUUAGGAAUCUUACAACCAAAAAUCUCAUCAAGAGUCUGCAUAACUGUGUCCCAAAAAGGUCGUAUCCUUGCACAGAGCCAAAAGAUAUGUGAAUGGUUGGCGUUCAGAGUACCACAUUGCCUCCAACAGGUCUGCUGCGAAUUUAAUAGUUUGUUUUUGAUCUGGGGUGUAACGAAAAAGCGCAUCAAGUUUUUCCACCCAAAUUCUCUCCACCUUCUGGAGCAUGUAGAUGUUUGUUGUGUUUUACACAUAGAAUACCAAUCACUCUCUGAUAUAGUUAUACCGAAUUCAAAUUCCCAUUUGGCUUUAACAUAGAAUGACUUACAGCCAUUCCGUUUCUGUAGACUCUUGUACAAUUUAGAUAGAACCCUUGAGGGGGUGUUCUUGUAUGCACCAGUCAGAAUCCCGAUCACUUCAUUGACCUCUGCUGAGAUUCCCGGUUUAAUUUCUGUGUUGUAAAAAUGCCUGAGUUGUAGGUAUCUGAAUAGAUUUCCAUUGGCCAGCUGAAAUUCUUCUUUAAGUUUUUCCAAAGGUUUUAAAUUUGUUACUCUCUAAAAGUGCACAAACAGCUGUUAUACCCUUUUCAUUCCACCUGCCAAAUGUUUCAUCUAUUAGUCCAGGUUUGAAUCUAGGAGUCUGCGAGGGCCAAAUUAAAAGUUUGCCAUCUCCUUCCAGAUUAUACUUUUUAACCACCUCGUACCAAGUCUUAAAUGAGUCUUCCAAAAUGCUACUCUCUUUAGUUUGUCCUCUAAUUUCUUUUUCUCCUAAUUUUGUCUGGGGUUGAGAUGGUGCAAGUUUCAACUCAAUCUGUUUCCAUUUUGCUUGGUAUCCUGGGGAGCACCAAUAAACAAUAUAUCUCAAUUGGGCCGCAAAAUAAUAUUCUCGAAUAUUUGGGAGUGCUAAACUGCCCUGCUCCUUGUCAAUUUGGAGGGUCUUAAAUUUUAUUCUUGGUCUUGCACCGGCCCAUAUGAACCGAGAUAUCCAUUUGUCCCAUGCAGAAAAUUGAGCUUCUGGGAUUCUACUUAACUCUGUCUUUGGAUGACUGUGCUAUUCAUUGUAAAGACAGAGUAAAGUCAUCAAGCAGAGGAUUAACAUUUUCAGGUCCAAUCACCAUCAUUUCAGUCUUGGCAGAAUUCAGGAGCAGGAAAUUUGUUGAUAGCCAGCUCCUAGCAGCUGAGAGACAGGCCUGGAGUUUAUCAGUGUCAAAAACACUUUGAGGGACCAAGGGCAUGUAUAGUUGUAGGUCAUCUGCAUAGCAAUGAAAAGAAAUCCCAAAGGAGCACAAAAUUUGACCCAAAGGUGUCAGAUAAAGGGAAAACAACAGGGGUCCUAGUACAGACCCCUGCGGUAUGCCAUGUCUAACAGCACAGGACUCAGAGAGCAUGUUGUUAAAGAAAACAUUGAGAUCUCUCUGACAGGUAAGACCUCAGCCAUUUCAGCACAUGGCCUGAGAUGUACUACUAUUACUUACUAUAUUUAGUAAGGGAGUCAGCGUCCAGGCCAGGUUCUUUCAAUAAAGGUUUAACAAUUGCAGAUUUAAAAUAAGCUGGGAAAACUCCAGUGGAAAGCGAUAUAUUGAGGAUAUAUAACACAUGCAGUGUCAGGCCAGCAGCAGCUGGGCCUAGUUUAAUGGAACUCUGUAGUUGUUUUGUAUGUGUUCUUUCUCUCCCUCCUAAUUAGGCUUGGCUCGGCAGGCAGGAGUGGCAACAGGUGUUCUCGAUCCGCAAUCAUGAUCAGUGGACGUGGGGAGCAGCUGGAAAUGCUCAUCAGUUUUUCACCAGCUCCUUUAUAAGCAGACGCUGCUUGCUUCUUGUCACUGGAUUGUAGCUAAGUGAUAGCCACUGCUUCUCCUUCUCCGGAUCAGGCGCUCCCGUCUCUGUUGCUCCACGGAUCAUCUGUUUUACUCUGUUUGUAGUUUGAUUGAGGAGGCUCUGCUGAAGCAUUCCAGUACCCGGCGUCCUGUCUACACACCGAUGAUUGCCCAGCACCGGCUACCACACGGACCGCCGGCCGACUGCAGUUCUCCAGCAUGCCCUGGAACCCAGUCUGAGCAUCCAGAACCCCCUGUUGUUAAGUACUGAGAAAGACUGACUGGUUGUUUGAUGUAGCUUACUAGUAUUUAGAAAACCCGUGUAUAAGUAACAGGGAAAACUGAUUGUAGCCUGAGCUAAGCACCUGAGAGAGAUGGUUAGGAUUGGACAUUUCUGUGAACGUUAAUUCUUCGCCUUGUAUUUGAGAAACUAUUUUUGAGGCCUGGCUAGUUUGUGUUUGCUGUUUAUUCACGUAUUGGGAGAGUUUUGAGUUUAAAAGUUUUGCAUUAUGUAUAGUCUGUCAAGCCACUAGUCGGUGCAACCUUCAUUGUCAUUUAAGACUAAAUACUUCCUGUUUCUCACCCAAUCUUGGGACUUGUUAAUGUUAAAAGAAUAUUAAAACCCAUUCAUAAAAUAA